AUGUCCCUACUUGGUCAUGAUGAUGUCAUAUUUAUUCAGGUAAGAUCAUGUCAUGGUUUAUUUUUACCUACCAUGAUUUUUCUAUUCUUUCUAAACACAUAAAAUGGCCCUUCUUUACCAAGCAAAUCAUUCACGAAUUAUUAAUUACUGGUCAAUUUAUUACAAGAUGGUUCCUAAUAUUGUUCUUCAUUUAAGCGCUACACCUCGGCUGGCUGUCGAUGAGGUGGAACAAGUUCAGCAGCACAGGAUAGCAGGUCUUAUCGGCCAUAUCUUCCAAUUGACUUACGUCAAUAUGGUUGACGAACUAAUUCAAGAAGAAAAGCUGAAUCGCUGUCAUGGCUGUGCUAUUCAGCACCCAAGUCAAAGAAAACAUUCGUGUCUUAUGAUGGAUAAAGAGGAUUCUUGGUUGUAG